UCCAUUGAGAAAGAUGCUGGACGGUUUGAGAACAUGCUGCCUCUGCCUGAGGUUGGGUGUUUGCACACCGGUGUGUGUGUGUGUGUGUGGGUAGAUGUGUGUGUGUGUGUGUGUGUGUUCAGUGCCAGUAUUUAUAGAGCAAGGAUAGACUCUGUUUCAUAAUUUUCUCCGUCAUCAUGGAGCUGAAAGUUGCGUUUGUGACUGUCUGCCUCUGUGCUUUGGCCAUCACCUCAACUGAAGCUGGCAUCCCAAAAUGCUGCAUCGCAACGAAACAGGACAUCCCUGCUCGAAUGCUGCGGAAGGUUCAAGGAUGGAGCAUGCAGCACAGCAGCGGCGCCUGUGACAUCCCUGCACUGAUACUGCGAGUAAAGGACAUGAGGAGGCCCGUGUGUGCUCAUCCCAAAGUGAAGAGAGCCCUGAUGAUGCUGCAGUGGCGGAUGAAACAGAACAAGCAGAAAGCAGCUUACUGAGAUGUCGCGUUUUACUACAGUUGGUGUUUCAAGAGCUCGUGUCAUACAGAAAGCCCUUAUGGAGCCUUCUCUUUCUGGUUUAUGAUCAUUCAGAGGUCCUUGUACUUUGAUUUUUGAAUUACUAUUCGCUGUAUUUCUACCCUGCAACAUUUCAGAGGGAAUUAUUGUUUUACUCCAUUACAUUUAUUGAACAGCUAUAGUUACUUUUCAAAACAAAACAUCUGAUCAGUUCAUAAAAUCUGUUGCAGUGCUAUGGAUUACCCAACAGUACGUGAAGCGAUUGAAAUCAGCUCCACUUCGACUGCCACAACAUUAAAGUACAGCUUACAUGUUAACGAUAAUCGAUAAUUAUCAUCCACUAAUAACUGAAAGGGGCUGUUCUGCAUUAUAGGUACUUUUUAACUUUGAGUGUAUUUCCUUGCUAAUACUUCUGUACUUUUACUUUUGUAAAGAAUUUGGAGUUUUACUUAUAAUGGGAUAGUUUUUAUAGUUUGGUAAAUAAUGUGAAUACUACGUCUACCUUUGCAUCUAGACAAUCAUUGUAUAAAAAAAAUCAAUCUCUGAGAAAUGUGACUUAAUAAAUGUAUUCUUUUUCUUUUGUGUUAUUCAUAU